CCGCUGCUUCCCUCCACAGGGCGCCCGCCGCGGCUUAGGCCUGAGCUAGAGCUGACGGCGGGCGGGCGCGCGCAGCUGCUGUCUGAGCGCCGGCGGGGCUGGUGGGUCCCGCACCCUUGCUGCCCCUCCCCGCCCGCGCCUUCGGACAUGGUGGCCCCCGGCUCUGUGACUAGCCGGCUGGGCUCGGUGUUCCCCUUCCUGCUGGUCCUGGUGGACCUGCAGUACGAAGGUGCUGAAUGUGGGGUAAAUGCAGAUGUUGAGAAACAUCUUGAAUUGGGCAAGAAAUUACUUGCGGCUGGACAGCUAGCUGAUGCUUUAUCUCAGUUUCAUGCUGCAGUAGAUGCUGACCCCGAUAAUUAUAUUGCUUACUAUCGGAGAGCUACUGUCUUUUUAGCUAUGGGCAAAUCAAAAGCAGCACUUCCUGAUUUAACUAAAGUGAUUGAAUUGAAGAUGGAUUUCACUGCAGCAAGAUUACAGAGAGGUCACUUACUACUCAAACAAGGAAAACUUGAUGAAGCAGAAGAUGAUUUUAAAAAAGUGCUUAAAUCUAAUCCUAGUGAAAAUGAAGAAAAGGAAGCUCAGUCUCAACUUAUAAAAUCUGAUGAAAUGCAGCGUUUGCGUUCCCAAGCACUUGAUGCUUUUGAGAGCUCAGAUUAUACUGCUUCUAUAACCUUCCUUGAUAAGAUUUUAGAGGUUUGUGUUUGGGAUGCAGAACUACGGGAACUUCGAGCUGAAUGUUUUAUAAAAGAAGGGGAGCCUAGGAAAGCAAUAAGUGACUUAAAAGCUGCAUCAAAAUUGAAGAAUGACAAUACUGAGGCUUUUUAUAAAAUCAGUACACUGUACUAUCAACUAGGAGACCAUGAACUGUCCCUCAGUGAAGUUCGUGAAUGUCUUAAACUUGACCAGGAUCAUAAAAGGUGUUUUGUACACUAUAAACAAGUAAAGAAACUUAACAAGCUGAUUGAGUCAGCUGAAGCGCUCAUCAGAGAUGGCAGAUACACAGAUGCAACCAGCAAAUAUGAGUCUGUUAUGGAAACAGAGCCAAGAGUUUCUGAAUAUACAAUUCGUUCAAAAGAAAGGAUUUGCCACUGCUUUUCUAAGGAUGAGAAGUCUGUUGAAGCUAUUCGAGUGUGUUCUGAAGUUUUACAGGUGGAACCUGACAAUGUGAAUGCUCUGAAAGAUCGAGCAGAGGCCUAUCUAACAGAAGAAAUGUAUGAUGAAGCUAUUCAGGAUUAUGAAACUGCUCAAGAACACAAUGAAAAUGAUCAGCAGAUUCGGGAAGGUCUAGAGAAAGCACAAAGACUAUUGAAACAGUCGCAGAAACGGGAUUAUUAUAAAAUCUUGGGAGUAAAAAGAAAUGCCAAAAAGCAAGAAAUCAUUAAAGCAUACCGAAAAUUGGCACUGCAGUGGCACCCAGACAACUUCCAGAAUGAAGAAGAAAAGAAAAAAGCUGAGAAAAAGUUUAUUGACAUAGCAGCUGCUAAAGAAGUCCUCUCUGACCCAGAGAUGAGGAAGAAGUUUGAUGACGGAGAAGACCCCCUGGACGCCGAGAGCCAGCAAGGAGGCGGCGGCAGCCCUUUCCACAGGAGCUGGAACUCGUGGCAGGGGUUCAACCCCUUCAGCUCAGGCGGACCUUUUAGAUUUAAAUUCCACUUCAAUUAAACCAGCUGUUUUUCUGCU